AUGACACGUUUGAUUAUAUUACUAAUAAUUGCAAUGCGGGAACAAAUGAGCCAUGCGCAACAAUUGAUACAACAGUGUACAUGCGAUGAAUUGGAACCAUGCAAAACAGUUACCAUCCAAACAGUCAUGCCAUGUGCUGAUCAAUGUCAGAGAUUUAUUUCUUCUAUUGGUGGCAACUAUGAACAAAUUCGUAACUGUUUCCAACAAAAAAGCCAAAUUAUUGAUAAUACUAUAAAGUGCGCAGAAGAUUCCUUCCCCAAUGCAUGUGCACGGAGAAAUGAAAGAGCGAAAUUGAUACCACGACGAUAUGCAAAGGGCAUUGAACUUGCAGCUAUGAAUGAAAUUAAUAAAGAGCUACGUAGAAUGGGAAUAGCAGAUCAGGUAACCGGUUUAUUAACUCAAGGUCGACGAUUUUUCCGAUGCUUCCAAUCGUGCAUAACGAAGAAAUUGGAUAAAUGCGGUACGAAUUGUGGUCUUGAUUUGCCGUCCGAUAAUACGGUAAUUCAAACAAUGAAGAAUUGCGCUCUCAGUAGUGGCAUUCAGACAACAUCUGCACAAGAUCUCUGCUUUUGCAUUGAAAGAGCCGGUGUUCGGCAACUCGCUGGUAUAUGUCCUCGUAUACAGAUUUUUGGAAAGAAGUAA